AGAUGUCAGGAUCUGAAUCUGAAGGUGAAAAUGAAGAAGUCGGAAGGCCAGUGGUCAUCGACAAUGGAACCGGGAGAAUCAAAGCUGGAUAUGCAGACGAUGAAGCUCCUCGAGUCGUAUUUCCCAAUGUGAUUGGAAGGCCCAAGCAGAAAGGGGUGAUGGUGGGAGCCGGACAAUCCAACGCCUACUACGGAGACGAGGCGAUGGGCAAGCGAGGCAUCCUGACGCUCAAAUACCCGAUAGAGCAUGGCGUCGUAAGCAACUGGGAUGAUAUGGAAAAGAUCUGGAGACAUACCAUCUACAACGAGCUCCGCGUCUUGCCCGACGAGCAUCCCAUCCUAGUCACUGAGGCACCGCUCAACCCUAAGGUCAACCGCGAGAAGAUGUGCGAGAUUUUCUUCGAGACCUUCAACGUCCCUGCAUUUUAUGUUGCAGUACAAGCAGUGAUGUCCCUCUAUUCCUCAGGGAGGACAACAGGCAUCGUCUUUGACUCUGGUGACGGUGUCUCCCACACUGUUCCUAUCUAUGAAGGAUACGCACUCCCCCAUGCAAUCUUGAGGCUUGACCUUGCUGGGCGUGAUCUUACCGAAUACAUGUGCAAGCUGCUGUCUGAGAGAGGAUACAGCUUCACAACAUCCGCAGAGAAGGAAAUUGCCAGGGACAUCAAAGAGAAGCUGUGUUAUGUUGCUCUGGAUUUCGAAGAAGAGAUGAAGAAAGCAGCAACCUCUAAUGAUUGCGAAGUCUCAUAUGAGAUGCCCGAUGGACAGGUCAUCACGAUCGGAAACGAGAGGUUCCGGUGCCCCGAAGCCUUGUUCAACCCGGCUGUCCUCGGCCUAGAAGCCAGCGGGAUCCACGAAAUGACUUACAAUAGCAUCAUGAAGUGCGAUGUCGACAUCAGGAAGGACUUGUACUCCAACAUCGUUAUCUCAGGCGGCACAACCAUGUACAAAGGCUUGCCUGAAAGGAUGCAGAAGGAGAUCACCAACAUGGCUCCUCCUACAAUGAAGGUCAAGACUGUCGCUCCAGAGGAGCGUCAGUACUCCGUGUUUGUUGGCGCAGCGAUCCUCGCUUCCUUGACCACGUUCCAACAAAUGUGGAUCAGCAUAGAUGAGUACAAGGACAGCGGGAAAGCCGUGGUACAUCGGAAGUGCUUCUGAAGUGGAGGAAACGUUUGUUUAGCAAUCGACAGAUUUAUCUAUUUUACAGUGAGGUAUUGAGACAUCAACACAGUGCAAAAGAAUAAAAGAGAGGAUGGCAAUG